AUGCCACGGCAAAAAGGAAUUUUUUGGGAAGAAUAUGAUUUAGUUAGUGAUAGUUUAGAAGAAGUAGAAAAAUAUCAGUACAAACAUUGUAAAACCAAAUAUGUCAAAAAUGCUUCAAGACUUCAAACUCAUCUUGAAAAAUGUACUAGUUAUCAAAUAAAAUUAGCUGAAGAAGAAGCUACAAGUUCUACUCAAAAUAAUAACACAAUAGCUAAUUUAAAAACAAAACGACAAAGAUUUCAAGCUUAUAUAGAUAGAUUUACCUAUAAAUAUAGUGAAAAUGAUCAAAAACUAAUAGAAAGUUUAUUAGCACGAGGCUUUUAUUCAGCUGGAAUUUCAUUUAAUGUUAUUGAAAAUGAAGAUAUUAAAGCUAUAUUUCAAAAAGGUCUUCCUUGGUUUAAAAUUCCAUCCCGAUAUCGUUUAUCAAACUCACUUUUAAAUCAAGAAUAUAUUAAAAUCAAGCAACUUAUUGAAAUUAUUUUAAAUGAAUCAGAAUACUUUUCUACUUUACAUCGUCUUCAAAAUGAAAUUUAUAACAAAUAUAUAUCUUUAUUACUUCCUGGUGAAACUCGGUGGAGAUCAGUAUUUUAUGCAGCAGAGAAUCUUUUAAAAACUAAAACUGCUAUUCAGAGGUUAACAUUAGAAGACAAUAUUAAAAUAUCUGAUAAAAUUAAAAAUGAGAUUUUAUCAGAUAUUUUUUGGCACAAUCUUAAAGCUCUUUGUGAUUUUCUUUUACCAUUUGCAAUUUUUUUAAAAAAAUUGCAAAAUGAUCAACCUACUCUUUCAAUCGCUUAUUCUGAAUUAUGUAAAUUAAAAAUCUCUAUUUCUGAAAAUACAGAAGUUUCAGAAGAUUUUAGAACAAAUUCAAUUAAUAAGGGUACAGAUCGUUGGAAAAACUUUCUUUAUAAUCCAGCAAUAAUUUUAGCAUAUAAACUUGAUCCUGAUAUCAAGGCAAAACCUUAA